AUGCUGGGUAGAAAGCUUGUUGCGAGCUACUUGCGUAACGGCGUUUCGUGCGCUGCAUCGAGCCCAUCAGCCAGUCAACACAGAAAAUCGCAUACAAUCUGGUAUCCCGAUGCCAAAUUCGAGCGUCAAUUCAAGACUGGUGGAACCAUGGGAAAACUUUGGAUGUCGGAACGCAUUUCAGAGUUCGACGAGCAAAUCGGAUUGGACAAACUUGAAAAAUUGGCAUAUUCGGAGCCGGUCAUGAGCGACACCUAUUCAGGAAAAUUGAGAGAGAAAAAUCUCGAAAAUAUGAUUCUCAACUUUGGACCACAGCAUCCUGCUGCUCACGGUGUGCUCCGCCUCGUCCUCAAACUUGAAGGAGAAGUUAUCAUCAAGGCUAUUCCACAUAUCGGCCUUCUUCAUCGUGCAACUGAGAAGCUCAUUGAGCAUAAAACCUAUACUCAGGCCCUUCCAUAUUUCGACCGUCUUGACUAUGUUUCCAUGAUGUGCAAUGAGCAGGCCUGGUCUUUGGCAGUUGAAAAAUUGCUCGGAAUCGAUAUUCCUCCGAGAGCCAAGUUUAUUAGAACAUUAAUGGGAGAGUUGACGCGUAUCCAGAAUCACAUCAUGGGAAUUACCACUCACGCUCUUGACGUUGGAGCAAUGACACCAUUUUUCUGGAUGUUCGAGGAACGUGAGAAGCUUUUUGAGUUCUCCGAGCGUGUUUCUGGAGCUCGAAUGCAUGCAAACUAUGUGAGGCCCGGUGGUGUUGCUUGGGAUAUGCCAAUUGGAUUGAUGGACGAUAUUUAUGAUUGGGCGGUGAAAUUUCCGGCUCGAAUCGAUGAACUCGAAGAUAUGCUCACUGAGAAUCGCAUCUGGAAGGCUCGAACUAUUGACAUUGGAUUGGUUUCGGCAUCGGACGCGUUGAACUGGGGAUUCACUGGUGUGAUGGUUCGCGGAUCAGGAAUCAAACAAGACGUUAGAAAGACACAGCCAUAUGACGCUUAUGAUCAGGUUGAGUUUGACGUCCCAAUUGGAACCAAAGGAGAUUGCUAUGACAGAUACCUUUGCCGUAUUGAGGAGAUGAGACAGUCACUCAACAUCGUUCACCAAUGCUUGAACAAAAUGCCGCAGGGAGAAAUCAAGACUGACGAUUACAAGGUGACGGCGCCAAAGAGAGGUGAAAUGAAGGAGAACAUGGAAGCUCUUAUUCAUCACUUUAAAUUCUUCACCGAAGGAUUCCAAGUGCCACCGGGAGCCACAUAUGUGCCAAUCGAGGCUCCAAAGGGUGAAUUUGGUGUGUACCUUGUUGCUGAUGGAACUAGCAAGGCUUAUAGAUGCUUCAUCCGUGCCCCAGGAUUCGCUCACUUGGCAGCUCUUCACGAUGUCUGCUACAUGUCACUUAUUGCUGAUGUCGUCGCUGUUAUUGGUACCAUGGAUAUUGUGUUCGGAGAAGUCGAUCGAUAA